CCUCCUCGUAUUCCUUGAUGCUGAUUUUGAUUCUGAUUUGGUUUCAGAUUCUGUCCAUAUUUUCCUUCAAAUCCCAAAAGAAGGAAAUGCAAUUCUCAACAUUUCAACCUUCUUUGCAAUCUUUCUUCACCUCCCCUCUCCUCUUUCCAUACCCAUUCAUCCCUGAAAACUACGUUCGAUGGGAUCGUUGGGACGAAACCCCGGAAUCCCACAUCUACUCCGCCGAUAUCCCUGGUGUAAGAAAAGAAGAUAUACGUGUGGAAAUCGAGGACUCAAAGUACCUCAUCAUUCGAACGGAGUCAGCAGAUGAUAUGAUGAUAAUGGCCGGACGUCGGAGUUUCUUGAAGAAAUUCAGGCUCCCGGAAACAAUCGACGUGAAUGGGAUUUCUGCUGGCUAUGAGAAUGGGGUGUUGACGAUUACUGUUCCAAGAUCCUUUGUUCGAAGGGAAUUUUAUAUUGAACCUGGUGAUCUCCAUGAACAGGUGGAAGUUCUUGCUAGGGCUGCGUAAAUCCUGAAUUCAUGUGUGGAAAUGUAUUGGAUUUGAACUGUAUUGAACAUCGUUUCUGGAUUCAGGAGUUUUAGAUGUUGUUCUUGGAAAUAGGUCAGGUUUUCAAGAUUUUGUUGAUGAAUGUACGAAGUUCUUGUUUCUAUGCUCAAGGGUUUUUGAUGGGUCGGAUAAGUUGAUACAUAUAUAGGAACAAAUUUUAAAAAAUAAAACACAAGACAAUUCAAG